AUGUAUUAUUCGGCAGGAAAGGAAAAAUCAACUUACAUAAAGGACGAACUUGUCCGAAUAGAAUUUUUCGAUAACGAAGGGCGUUAUUCGAAAUUAUUAAUUGGUAAAUGGAAACCAUUAAAACAAGAUGAAAUUGUCGAUGAAAAGGAAUUAGUAACUGUUGAUAUUGUCCUUAAAGUUUUGAAGGGAUCUAAAAAUUUUGAAUCCACAUUUCUUAAUGAAAUCAAAAUAAAUUAUCAAAUUUAUCAACUUCUUGGAGAAUAUGCUGUACCUUUCUAUGGUUUAACGAUACAUCCAGAAACGAAAGACUAUGCGAUGGUUAUGAAACACGCAAUUCAUGGCGAUCUCAGGAAAUUUAUUGAUAAGUCUGAACUAACAUGGCCAAAGAGAGUAGAAAUUCUUUCUAAAAUUGCGAAAUCUUUAAAUGCACUUCACGAAUUAAAUAUAAUUCAUCGUGAUUUUCAUUGCGGAAAUAUCCUCGUUGAUGAUGAAACAAAAAUAUUUAUUCGCGACUUUGGGCUUUCAGAUACAUCAGAAUAUGAAAAAAUGAUUAAGGAUCUAAGGUCUUUACAAGAACUGACUAAUAAAGUUUGCACCCAAUGUGGCCAAAAAAUAGUGGGCUUCGAAUAUUUACGUCUUCCAAGAUAUAAACCAAUAUUUGAGAAUCCUCCCUUGGAUAGUACAGAAGAUUCCGAAUCAAAUGAUUCAAAUUAUGGAGAUUCAAAAAUUGGCAUCAAGAAAAAGAAGAAACCUGAAAAAGAACCUGAAAAGAAAAGUGAGCAUGAGAAAAAGUACAUUGAUAGAAGAUAUGUAACUCAAAUAUACUCCUUUAAACUUGAAG